CAACCACCGAUCUGUUAUCACGCGUGCACACGCGCAAACAAAUCAACUUGAUCUUUACGUCGUGUCCACGCAAGGGUUAUCUCAUCCGUGUGUGAUUAACAAGAAGGUUAUUUUCAUAGAAGAAGCUGUCGUUCUUCUAAUCUAGGCGUGAGAUGGAUUGAUUCUCAUUACCUCUCUCUUUGACGUUUAAAAUGAGAUAAUUGUGAGAUCGGAUUCUUAAGUGUUGCGACGCAAUAAAGAGUCCUAACCAAGUGGAUGACACGCACCGAAGAUGUUCUCGAGCGGGCCGAAUUACACGAAGCUGAAGACGCAUCUGCGUCUGGCGAUUAAUCGUCUGAAACUGUUGGAGAAGAAGAAGACGGAGCUGGCGCAGAAGGCGCGACGUGAGAUCGCCGAUUACAUCGCCGCCGGGAAGACCGAGCGCGCGAAGAUCCGGGUGGAGCACAUCAUCCGCGAGGACUACAUGGUGGAAGCGAUGGAACUCCUGGAGAUGUACUGCGACCUGCUCCUGGCGCGAUUCGGUCUCAUUCAGCAAAUGAAAAAUCUUGAUGACGGUUUGGCCGAGGCCAUAUCCACCAUCAUUUGGGCGGCACCUCGUAUCCAGACGGAUGUGCAAGAAAUUAAGGUCAUAGCGGAUAUCCUAACGUCCAAAUACGGCAGACAGUAUACGGAAGCGUGCCGUGAGGAGGCGAUACAGACCAUAUCGGAGAAGCUGAAGCAUAAAAUGAGCGUGCAGUCACCGUCGAAACUUCUCGUGGAAAAGUAUCUGAUCGAAAUCGCCAAAAAUUACAACGUGGAAUACGAGCCGGAUCCGCAGGUGAUGGCCGAGGCUCAGGACGCGAUGCUGAUAGACAUAGGAGGAGAGUCGAGGAAUAAUCUGGACACCGCCAGCGGAGGAAUACCUCAUCCGCCUGGCUUCAUCGGUUUUCCACAGGCGCCGCUCCUACCGGAUCCCGGAUUCAACUCGAGCACGGAUUCAGCCAAAGACGCUUCUUCCAUAGGAUUUGUGUCCCCGACGUCUCCGCCUUCUGAAAAGGAUCAGAAUACCGCUUUCAGUCCCGCUGCUUUUUCGUACAACAUUCCUCUGGACAACGCCAACUCGAACAAACCUGAGGAAGAUUUGCCGCCUCCGUACCGACCUCCGGACUUUCCACCCGAUUUAAACAAACAGUCGGACGAGAAGCCUAAACCUCAACCGAGAUCGAAGAUGCCGAUGAACAACUAUCAGCUCCCGGAUCUUCCGGCAGUGCCGACGGAGAACAACGAUCCGUCCGAAAAUCCAUCUGAGAACGACGACGUUGACUUCGACGAUCUGAUGAAGCGAUUCGAAAACUUGAAGAAGAGGAAGUAACACGCUCCACACGGAUGCAAUAAUAUAUAUCCUGAAUAUCGCGUUAAUUUCUAUUAUCUUUAUCGUCACGAUAAAGCGACGUUGUAUUUUAUAGUAGUGCCUUCCGCAAAAAGGAAAGGGUAUAUCUAGUAUUUAAGGGGGAUAAAAUUCAAAAUGCUUUCGCGCGCGACAAAAAAAAAACAGAAAUAUAUAUAACUGAUAAUACAAUUACGCUUUAUCUACGCUCUGAACGAGAGAUUGUAUAAAUUGUUAAAAAACAAUUUAUUAUUUUAAUUAAACGUGUUAAUUUAU